GGAAGACAGAAACAAACUUAGCUCAACGCUACCCACCAUGAAGGAGAUGAUGUGUUGUGAACGCCUGAGAGGUUUUGAUUACGAACCGAGACUCUCUUUCGGCUUGUCCACAUUUGGUAGAGAACGAAGUCGACGACGUUAUCACUUUUCGAUCUUGUCAUCCACGGGAUGAUAUCGGCGGUAAUAAAUUGGUAUAAGUAGCAGUAUUAUAUCGGAUUUUGGAUCUACUGCAUAAGGCUCUGCU